AUGUGUGGAAGAGGACGGUGUACUCUGAGGGCCGACGACUUUCGGCGGGCCUGCCAUCUCAACGCCGCCCGUCCGGUCCGCCACCUCAAUAUGGACAGGUACCGGCCGUCGUACAAUGUUGCGCCGGGGUUCAAUGUGCCGGUGGUUCGGCCGGACGAAGAGGGAGAUGCGAACGGCGUCGUUUUGCACUGUAUGAAAUGGGGACUGAUUCCCAGCUUCACAAAGAAAACCGAGAAGAUCGACCACUUUAGGAUGUUUAAUGCUCGGUCUGAAUCAAUUAGAGAGAAGGCCUCUUUUCGUAGACUUCUUCCAAAGAAUAGGUGUUUGGUGUCAUUUGAAGGAUUCUACGAAUGGAAAAAGGAUGGCUCAAGAAAGCAACCAUACUACAUACACUUCAAGGAUGGACGCCCCCUAGUAUUUGCUGCGUUAUAUGAUUCUUGGAAAAGUGCAGAAGGAGAAAUCAUUUAUACCUUCACUAUAAUCACGACAUCCUCAUCACCAUCUCUUGAAUGGCUUCAUGACAGAAUGCCUGUUAUCUUGGGCAACAAAGAAUCAACUGAAAAUUGGUUAAAUGAUACCUCCUUGUCCAAUCUUGACAAAAUUCUCAAACCAUAUGAAGAAAAAGAUUUGGCAUGGUACCCGGUGACAACUGCAAUUGGUAAGCUUUCCUUUAAUGGACCAGAGUGCAUUAAGGAGAUUCAGGUAAAAACAGAGGAGACCAAAACAAUCUCACAGUUUUUCUCAAAGAAAGAUGCGUAUGCACCAGAGCCAAAAUGUGAAAAAUCCCCAGUAAAGAACGAGCCUACUGAAGCUAGUGAACCUAAAAUCCCAAAAGAGGAACCUUGCAAUGUGUCAACCGAAAACACGACAUUAAUGUACAAACCAGCUGAAGGCAGUCUGCAGAAAAGUGUGAAGUACGAAGAUGAAAACCAGUUGGCACUUAAAAGUACCCAAAUGAAGGACGAAUGUGUUGAAAAUAGCCAAGAGAAAAGUAUUAAAGAGGAACCCAAGAGCCAAGGCAAAGACGAAGAUCAAUCUACCAUCUCAAAAGACAAUAUUGAUAAGCGAUACUAUGCAAAGUUUUGUGCUCAUGCAAAUGAGAGUGAGAAAAAACAUGCGAGUCCUGCCCGGAAAAGAAACAAGGGUGCUGAUGAUAAACAACCGACACUAUUCUCGUACUUUGGGAGAUGCUAA